AUGAGCAAGCCUACUGAAGUCAAUAUCGCCUAUUGGCUCUGCAUGAACGUCAACUGCAUAAAGCAGAACGAUAUUGACUGCAAGAGAUGUGAAGUGUGCAAAGCCGAACUUGCAAAGGGAGCAAAGGCAUUGGAUGCUGAUAUUGACGAUAUUGGGGAAUGUGAGGGGAUUGAUUCAAAUGGGAAACCAGUCUGGAACCUUCACGAGGCAAAGACUGUGGACCUUUGGGAGGCGAGGGCCAAGAGCACAUAUGGCUGGGAUUAG